AUGAAGUCUUCUAUCAUCUCCUCGGCACUGGCCCUCGUCGUCGCCCGCGCUGUUGACGCCGCCGCCAUACCCGACGUGUCGAGCACGUUGCAGAACAUCUUGCAGAACACGCACGGUAGUGACUUGUACACGUAUCCCACCGAUCUGACGCGUGGAAUCAUCCCUAAACCAUUCCACAGCCAUAACGACUACUGGAGGGAUGUGCCAUUCUACUCCGGGCUGUCGUACGGAGCAGUAUCCACCGAGGCGGACGUGUGGUUGAUCAACGAGACGCUCUACGUCGGCCACGAGCCCAGCGCCCUCACCCACGCCCGCACCCUCUCCGCGCUCUACAUCUCGCCCAUCCUCGACACGCUGCAGCGCGAAAACCCCACCACUUCCUUCGUAUCCUCCUCAGCCACCAAAAACGGCGUCUUCGACACGUCCUCAUCCCAAACCCUCUACCUCUGGAUCGACCUCAAAACCGCCGCGUCCCCCACCUUCGCCGCCGUGCGCGCCGCCCUCGCGCCCCUCCGCCGCGCCGGCUACCUGACGACGUUCCACCCGUCCAACGGCUCGCUCGUCGCCGGCCCCGUCACCGUCAUCGGCACGGGGAACACGCGGCUGGAGGACGUGUUGGACCAGACUAACGACGAGGACGAAGUCGCCGCCCGCGACGUCUUCUUCGACGCGCCCCUCGCCGCGCUGCCCGACCAAGUCACCGGGCCCGAGGUGUCGCCCGUGGCGUCGGCCGACUUCGGCGCCGUGUUUGGGGGGGACGUGAGGGGUGCGGGCGUGCCGGCGCUGAAUGCGACGCAGUUGGCGACGCUGAGGGAGCAGGUGGGGGAGGCGCAUAAGCGCGGGGUCGGGGCGAGGUAUUGGGGCGCGCCCGGGUGGCCGGUCGGGACGCGGAAUGCGGUGUGGCGGACGCUGUUGGAUGAGGGGGUGGAUUUGCUGAAUGUGGAUGAUCUUGAGGGGGCGGCGGGGUUUUGGGAGAUGGAGUGA